GUCAAGCAGACCCAGCUCAGGCAGAGCGAGCACGCAGGAGGGGCCGCUCACACACUCUGAGAGGGGAGCUACGGAACCAGGAAAGGGACUUUCGAAAGGACCCAAUCUUACACCUUUGAAUCUGUGAGGAAAGAAACACCUUAAACAUUGAAAUAGUACUGAAUCCUUUUUCCUCUGGGACUGGAGAGUCUCCCACUACCUCUCACGCUUCCCUCAUAAGAGUGGACGAGGACCGUUUGUCCAUCAUGAAUGUCACUUCGCUCUUCUCUUUCACCAGCCCCGCAGUCAAACGGCUGCUGGGUUGGAAGCAGGGAGAUGAGGAAGAGAAAUGGGCAGAGAAGGCUGUGGAUGCUCUUGUUAAAAAACUCAAAAAGAAAAAGGGAGCCAUGGAGGAGCUGGAGCGGGCUCUCAGCUGCCCUGGUCAGCCUAGUAACUGUGUGACAAUCCCUCGCUCGCUGGAUGGACGGCUACAGGUGUCCCACAGGAAAGGUCUACCACAUGUCAUUUACUGUCGGGUGUGGCGCUGGCCUGACCUCCAGUCCCACCAUGAGCUGAAGGCACUGGAAUGCUGCGAGUAUCCCUUUGGCUCCAAGCAGAAAGAUGUGUGUAUCAACCCCUACCACUACAAACGAGUGGACAGUCCAGUGCUGCCUCCUGUUUUGGUACCGAGGAACAGCGAGUUCAAUGCCAAGCAUACAAUGCUGCCCCGGUUCCGCAACCCUCUGCAACAGAAUGAGCCACACAUGCCUCAGAAUGCCACCUUUCCAGAGUCCUUUGCUCAGGCCAACACGGUUCCUUUCCCUCAUUCACCUGGAAAUAGCUUCCCAAACUCACCCGGAAGUGGCAGCAGUGCCACUUUCCCUCAUUCGCCGACAAGCUCCGACCCCGGAAGUCCAUUCCAGAUGCCAGUAUCCUUGUGUCCUGAUCCAGAGACGCCCCCUCCUGCCUACAUGCCUCCAGAAGAGCAGAUGACUCAGGACUGCCCCCAGCCAAUGGACACCAACCUCUUGGCUCCACCCUUGCCCCUAGAGAGUAACAACCGGCCAGAUGUGCAGCCUGUUGCCUAUGAGGAACCCAAGCACUGGUGCUCCAUUGUGUACUAUGAGCUCAACAAUCGGGUUGGUGAAGCCUUCCAGGCUUCUUCCACGAGUGUGCUGGUCGAUGGAUUCACAGAUCCCUCCAACAACCGCAACCGAUUCUGUCUCGGCCUGCUCUCCAACGUCAACCGCAACUCGACUAUUGAGAACACCCGGCGGCACAUCGGCAAAGGUGUACAUUUGUACUACGUCGGAGGGGAGGUGUACGCAGAAUGUCUGAGUGACAGCAGUAUUUUCGUCCAGAGUCGUAACUGUAACUACCACCACGGCUUCCAUCCAACAACCGUCUGUAAGAUUCCCAGUAGAUGUAGCCUGAAGAUUUUCAACAAUCAGGAGUUUGCUGAAUUGUUGGCCCAGUCUGUCAACCACGGAUUUGAAGCUGUUUAUGAGCUCACCAAGAUGUGCACCAUCCGCAUGAGCUUUGUUAAGGGCUGGGGAGCCGAAUACCACCGCCAAGAUGUGACCAGCACGCCCUGCUGGAUUGAGAUUCACCUGCACGGUCCACUGCAGUGGCUGGAUAAGGUUCUAACCCAGAUGGGCUCCCCCCACAACCCUAUAUCUUCUGUGUCCUAGGUCACUGUCCCCAGGCCUCACUGUCCUCUGCCCCGUGGCUGUCCAUACCCCAGCGUUUUGGUCUAAGUAGCAAGAAUAGCAGCCAGUUGGUCCCAGACUAAUUUGUGGUUUAGUCAGCUGUCCUCAACCGAUGGAGUUUUUGACUGAGACACCAAGUGAUCUGAGCGCUUUAAGGGUGGUCAGAUAGUUAUAGGGGCAGGUUUGUUCUCUACUUGAAGGACGUCUGAUUUGGGCACAUAAACAGACUGGGAGAGGAGAAAGCCAAGUGAGCGUGAUGCAGCUGGAAGAUACUUGAUCUUUGUGACCAACUGUAAUAAUUAGAUCACACUCACCAUGAGUUUCUUCUCUGAUCCUGCUCCCACAAGUUUCCCCCCUCAUUGUUCUAUUAUUCUUACUCUUGACUAGUUUGUAUCUAAAUAUUCCCUCUGACAUCCACUUGUACUUGUGUAGUUACAAUAAUUUUGGGACAUUCCAGAUCAUCAACAUUGCAGUUGGGAUGAAAUGUGUCAAUCAACAAGAUUGGUAGACACUUGAAGAAUGACCAGCAUGACAGGAAAUGUUGGUCAUCUUCAGACAUUUGAAGAAGAACUUCUAAAAAAUAAUGACUGAAUUUGAAAAAGUAAACAAAGUGUCAUGGCAUGAAAAAUCCCUGAUCAGAAAUCAUGAAUAUGAACCCAGGGGCAAAUUGGGGACGUGAAAGUGUAAAGUGUAAGGGUUAGUGUGGGGCAUGGGACUAAAAGGGCAUUUCAGGUAGAGAAGACAAAAG